GAAUUCAUUGAUCUGCAUUCUGCAGGCGAGUCGGUAGAGGCGGUGGGGCAGUCUGAAGGUAGCAGCCAAGUCGGGAAAGUGAAGUGUGCUGCCGGCCCGCGCGAGUGUGUGAGUGUGCAGUCGCUUACCGUUUCGCGUCCCCUCGCCUUACGAGCGUGCCUAACCUGCUGCCCGGCUAUCGUAGUCACAGUUCUGCGGCGCUUGUUACCGUGUGCCCGACCGAGAGAGUGGCCAGUCCGUGUAGCUCCGUCGCCGGUUGAACGUGACGUGUUGUGAACGGUGUUUCCGUCCAGGCUGGUCGUAAGCCGGGCAAGGGCGAGUGCGGUGUGCCGUCGGUACAGAGAUUUCUAUGUGCUAGCCGUUCAUCACCAACAGCCAAACUGUGGGGCUCAGGGGCAUUUUUUCUUCCGCCGCAGGGAAUGUAUUACCCAGUGAGUAUCCGGCCUGUGGUUCCAUCCGGUGACGUCGCUACAGUAAGUGUUCCUCCACCCAUCGACCACAUGGUGCAGACGGGCAUGGCGACCCCGUAUGCGACGCAGUACCCUCAGAACGGGGAGGCGGGCCCACCCAAGACCGACGCCGGCAAGGAGGGCCCGCCCGUCGCGGUGCCGCCCUUCUCUCCGCCCACUGUCACGCCCAACGGCAUCGAGCAGCAGACUGUCAGCAUCCAAACGGAACCGGAAGCAGAAACUCCUGCACCAGCUCCAGCACCUCAGGCAGCACCCGCAGCAACUGUACCUGUGACCACAGUUGCACUUCCAGGUGGAGAAGCUGGGAAAAAUCAACCAAAGCGACUACAUGUCUCAAACAUACCCUUCCGUUUCAGGGACCCAGAUCUAAGAGCGAUGUUUGGGCAAUUUGGUCCCAUUCUUGAUGUAGAGAUAAUAUUUAAUGAGAGGGGAUCUAAGGGAUUCGGUUUUGUAACAUUCGCAAAUAGUGCUGAUGCGGACCGAGCACGAGAGAGGCUACACGGCACCGUGGUUGAGGGAAGAAAGAUAGAGGUCAACAAUGCAACCGCUCGUGUGCAGACUAAGAAGGUACCUGCUGUUCCCAAUGUGUGCGUGCAGUGGCCAGAGGCGGCAGCAGCAUUACGAGGUGUGGCAAUUCAGCGUGGGCGAGCACGGGCGACUUUCCCAGCAGCGGCAGCUGCAGCGGCGGCCGCAUUUGCCAGGCACCCAACUCCCCUCUCAGCUGCAGCGGCUACUGCACUCCACGGAUACACACCUAGUGUCUACUAUGAUCCCUUCUUAGCGGCACAUGCUGCAACGGCAGAUCCAAAUUACAGAUUGCAGGCUGCCGCCGCCGCGGCUGCCCCACUGCUUAAAACCCCCCUGUCGACUGCCCAACAGGCGAGCUAUGCUGCUGCUGCCAGCUACACAGCAGUGGCAGCACGAGCGUAUGGAGCUGCAGCAGCUGCUGCGCAACCGGUUGCCGGUUAUGCCGCUGUUGCGGGAUACGGUCGUGAAUAUGCAGAUCCUUACCUUGGGCACAGCAUAGGUCCUGUAGCGGGUUAUGGGGCUGCUGUCUAUAGAAGUGGCUACAACAGAUUUGCACCUUACUGAAGACUUUUUGGCUAGGAAGAGCCGCAUCUCAUAUUCAUUAUCUUAACAUACAUGACAACAAUUCACUUGCCUCAACGUUCACGCGUCAUCACUACCACCAGCAUUCACAUUUGUGUGGAAAUUAUGAAGAAAUAUAUGGAUGAAGAAGUUGAUUCAUGACAUUAAAAACUUAUUGCUCUACUUGUUUGAAGAAGAUUGUAAUGUAGCUUGGCAGCUAGCUUUAGUUAUAGUCAUACAGCGUUAUGAGCAUAUGGCUGCUACUCCAGUGUUUUCCUUCAUAUUUUAUUUUCUGUUGCUGUUCAUAUGAAUGAGAUAGAGCAUAAAUAUUUCUGGAUUUUGAAACAUUUACAUAUUCCAGAUAUUUCAUAUCACAAACCGUGCAUGAAGGAAACCAAAUAAGCCCUAAAGUUACUACACUAAUGUGAAAUUGGCAGUAUUGACAGCAAAACACAAACAUAGCGAAAGGAAUGUUCUACUCAGGGUUAAUACCUAACCGAAUCUUCAAAUGACAACAGUUUCUCCGUGCAGUGUUAACAGUUAUCACCUUAUUUCUUACAUUUUUAGGGGGUGUUAAAAAUUGCUUCCGGUUUUUCAAUUGUUGGAUUGUUUCUGGAGGAAAGUGCUUUAUUAGAAAGAGAUUUUUUGUAGCAUGUCCAGAAUGGGAAAAUGAAAAAUCAUUGGGGAUAGUUCAUGCAAUAAAUGAUGCUGUGUGGUAUUUUUACGGUUUUUCCGUUAAUGUGCGUUAUAAUAGUGAUUGGCUAUGAAACAUUACAGAAAGUUUUGUAAUGCUGUGGGAAUGUUCAUUGCUAUUUUCAAGAGUUUUGUAAAUAAGUAUUGUUUUAUUUUAUUAUUUUUUGAAAUGUAUUGUCCAUUUUAAGUGACUGUUAAUAGUUCAUUUACUGAUAAACAGUCUAUGUUUAUGUGAAUUUAUAUUGUAUACCUACCAGUCUUCCAGUACUGGUUUUGUAAUCAGAGGCAGAUGGUAGUCACAUUAACUUUGCAAAUGCAGAGCUUGGAUGUAAUUGGGACAUGUUAACCUUUCAACUUUUUUGUCACAAAUUAAAUUUAAGAACUUUCUGGAUUCAGUUGUUGAAAUGCAUUUCACAAGAUCUUGCUACAAAGUUAUAAUACUGCCAGUUUUUCUGUAGUAACACAAGGGGUGCUUUAUUUAAAUUAUUUACAAAUUUGCAAAUGACAUCAUUCUUAAUGAUUGUUUUUAACACAAAGCAACAGUUACAUUAAUGUAUUAUUUCCAAAUACAAGGAUGAGCAGUGCUGUCUUGUAGCAGAAUGAAACACCAAAUGUAGUUUUGUAGUAUAGAACAUAUCCCCAUGUCCCCCUUGAAACAGUGAACUGAAGCUGUAGUGGUUGUAUUUUUUAAGGAAGUGGAAGGUAAUUUGACUUUUAAAGUAACAUGAUUUAAAAGAGUUUAAUUUCUGGUCAACAGAAAGUUUAUUCAAAUAUAUAACUUUAUAAAUAUAAAGUUUACGCAUUUAAAUUUCUGUGAAUCGAGUAUUUUUACUUUAUGAGACUUUUCAGACCUUAUCUAGUGCAUUAAAAAUAAUUUUAAUACUUGGUGACAAGUUUUUAGUUAUUGGUUCUCUGAAUAAGUAGUAACUUUCCAAAUUAUGUUAUUUUUAUCAUUGUUAAGACAGACUUCAGUCAAUGCACAUAAAUUACCCAAAUAUUUUUUGACAGAUUGUUACCUUCAGUUCAGUUAGCCACAAAAAUUAGCCUUAAAAUUUCUGUUUUAUAUCAUGCUGUGGUAUAAUUUUCUGAAUUACACUGUUACAAUUUCAUUAAUUGACUCGUUUAAAUUUUACUGUUGAAAAUCAUAUUUUACACAUGUGCGAACAUGUUACUUAACUAGCCUAUUCAGAUUAUUAGAUUUAUUGAGUCAAGUGUGACACUUAGCUUUAAUUUUGCAGUUUUCUUUCACUAAGCUAGCAUUUUUUCAUUCAAAAUUAAUUAAAUUGAUUGCAGUACAACCAGUUGGAGCUUCACUGUUUGUAAUAGUGUCAGCAGAAACUGAUAUUUUAACUAUACUCAACUAGUAGAGUUAAGUUAAAUGUGAUACACUCAAACUUCUAAUGAUGAAUGAACCAGUAAGUACUGACAGUGUAAAUGUUCUCAAGCACUGAAAGUGAAAUCUGAUAGUUAUGUCAUAUUUUAUAUAUUUUUCGGUAUCCACUAAUGUAUGACUCAUACAGGGCUUCAGAAGAAGUUGCAUCACAACAUAUUGUUCACGCAAUGAAACAUUGAAAAUACUAUAGUUGUCUGUCAUAAGUGUAAUGAUGCUACGAAGAUUGAUAUUAUUGUCGAGAUAUGAGACUUGUAAAUAUUUAUUUCAAAUCUAUAAAAGUGUCAGACAACUAAAAUAGUAUUUGCCUAUUCCUAUAUUUGCAGUACCAUUUCAUAAUGUCAAAAGUCACAUAAACUGCUAUUUGUGGGCAUUUGCUUUUCGAAAGUCCCUUUGACGGUUUUAUAGGGACUGUAGAUCAGAAACGGACAUAUCGGUUUGAAUACUUUUUAAAAAUCAGUGUUUAUACAUCUACAAAUUAAAGUCAGAUUUCCACUGAAGCUCUCUUAAUCUCAUUGUAUGAAUGUCAGUAAGUAAAUAAGUAUGUGUGAUUGUUGAAAAUGUGUAUGUAUGAAAUGUGGAAAACCUCAGAUGUAUGUGUUAAAAUCUAUAUAGGUUAGAUUUAGGGAGACAAAUACUGUAAUGUGUAUUCCGCUUUGUGAUUAUUUGUCCAGUAGUCCUCAAGAGCUUUUGCAAGUGAGGAUCUUCUUUUUAGAUGUAUAAUACACAAUUUUAGUUUGGAAGUUAAAAGUGUAGCCUUCCUAGUGAUAUCACUUCAUAUUAUCAUAUUGCUGGUCCAGAAAUUCUGGGCAUUUUGUAUUGUGUGUUGCUGGAAGAUAAACAAUCUUAUAGAUGUGUUUCUGAAAGUUGGGAAUAAUGUUCAAUUUGGAAAUUUACUUUCUUGUAUUGAGUAAGUGGAAUUUUUAUUGAAGUUUUCUGGCAACUGCAGAUUACAGAAUUGCACUGAACAACCAAAGAUAUGAACAGUAUUUUAAUCUGCUCAAUAUCAUAAGGAGAAGGCACUUUCAUAAUCAAUUUGAUUGCAGUAAUACUAAUAAGGAUGAUAAUAGUAAUAAUAAUAAUAAUAAUUAUUAUAAUAAUCUGUUUGCCAGAUAGUUUCAUACAGUCUGUGUUCAUACAGAUUUUGCUGCACACAGAAAUGCUGUCUUCAUAAUAUUAUCUGUCAUCAUAUAUAUGAAGUCUCAUUGUUAAUUUUAAAAGUGAAUAACUGAACGUCUUCCGUUUUGGCACAAUAUGAAGUUUUACUACGCACUGGUUGUUGAAUUACAUGAAAAAAGCACAAAAUAUAAAGUCUUUUAUAUGUAACAAGAUUCCCAUUUUGUUUUAUCGUCAUUAUUGUAAUUUUAAAUUCAUAUAGUUUCUUGCUGAGCAGAUGUGUUGCUCUGAUUUUGUUCAAGUGGAAAUCAUUCUUUGUGGUAUCACGGGACAAUGGAAGUUUAGAAAGUAUAGUGCACAUACAUAAAAAGGCUGUUAAUGUGAACAGUGAUGCAGAUGAGAUUUUUACAGUUUUUAAGGCAGUUAGCACAUUGUCUGAAUAUACGGGGGACUGUGAAUCUCAACAAGAAUGUACAAAGUUUCAGUGUUGUUACUUGCCAUAUUGUGUAUGUGUAUUCAUGGAAUAAAAUAUGCUGUCAUCUUUCAAGAAUGAA